AUGACGUCCGUCUCCUCGAGAGGCCCGACGCCUCACUCCCCUUACGACGCCCAGUCCGCCGCCGACACGGACGAGUCGUGGCAGUACCUGGACAACGCAUCGUACCCGGCCUCGGUCGGUUUCCUGCCUAGCCCAGCCAGCGGCAGCUUAAACGGCUAUGCCGUUGUCGGCCACCACGCCAGCUCAGACCCGGCGGGACUAUCCCCGCUAAACCUCGACCUCGACCCCGACCAGCCCGCCUUCUCCGCCGCGAGCUUCCCGGACCAGGCCGAGACCUUUGUCGCCCCGGCCCCAGCAGCCGAUGGCCAGUUCGUUGCCGGCGGUCAGGAGUCGGACUUCCUGACGCCGCAGGGCUAUCUCUUCUCAGAAGAGCAGGUCAAUCUGAAUGAUUUGACCUCCUUUGUCAAUUCAUUCCAGACGAACGUCCCCCUGACGGGUCUGGAGACAUUUCCCCACCACCAGCAGGACGACAUCAACCUUUCACAAGCCUACCCAUCUGAUGCGAAUCCAGGCCCAUGGAGCCCGACAAACCUCAAGGCCGACAACGGGAGCUCCAUGUUCUUUAUGGAGGAUCUCUCUUCCUUGCCGCAGGGCUCCGCAUCAGGAAGCUCACCUCGCUCAAACCCGACCUCGCCUGACAUCAAGUACGAAGGUGACAAGGCCACCACAUCCAGCCCCAUCCGCAAGGUCAUAACCGGCAAGGUCGAGAAGAAGAAGGUCGCCGAGCCGGCGAACAAGUUCGUCAUCGUCACACCCCACUCCAUCAACGCACACUCGGGCCGGCCCAACCCGUUCGAGUGCUUCGAGGCGUUGAAGACCCAAACUCGCGGGCGCAAGGGUCCGCUAGCCAAUGCCACCAAGGAGAGCGCCUUGCAGGUCCGCCGCCUGGGCGCAUGCUUCUGCUGCCACAGCCGCAAGGUCAAGUGCGACUCGCAGAGGCCGUGCAAAAACUGCAAGAAGCUCGCGGUCCAGGUGCCGCAGGUAGUGUGCUGGCAGUUCUCCGACUUCCUCACCGUCUUGUUCCCCGACUUUAUGCGGAGCCACUUCCGGAAAGACCAGAUGUCCCGCUUCAUGACGGAGAAUGUAGAUCUCGAUGCGGUGGAGCUGGCGCCUCGCGAAAUCGAGCUCUUUUCGGGUCUCUCCGCGUCGCUGAAGGUCAAGGCGAGGUUUUUCAGGCCCCGAACUGCCGACGUGCAGCAACACUAUCAUCUGCACGUGCAAAGAGACAGAGUAGACCUUCAGGCUAGAGGUACGGCGCCGAUGGUGUUGGAGCUGGACUCGGCGGCUCAAAGAGAGGCCCUGAGGAAGAAGGUGAAGGAGUACCUCGCUGCCAUCGCUGCUGAGCCCAAGUACGCAAAGUCGGUAACGGAGUCAAUACGGCAUACCGACCUGCCGAGAAGAGUGUUGGACGUUGUGCAGAAGUAUGCCAGCAAGUCCGAUUCUGCAAUGGUCAAGAAAGCCCUGGCGAUAUACGGCGCCCACUUCGUCAUGACCCGGCACCUCUGCAUCACUCGGCCGAGCGUCGUCAGCCUGCAAGAUUCGGGUCUCGUGCCGCAAGAAGUACCGUGGGUGACGCCGCGCGUGCUCAACAGGCAGAUCAAAGCGGUCAUUGACGAACUCCUGAUGAGGGACAUGCAACACCUCUUCGACUCUUUCUCGAAGUCACUCAAGCCCAAGUCGCGACGGGAGUGGGCGCCGUGUAUGGCGUCGUUCCUGGUGCUCUGCCUAUUCAUGGAGUCGGUCGAGACGGCGGCCGACACGUUUGUCGUUGCGCUUAACGAGAUUAGCCUGCGCAACCACACGCCACCCGAGUACCAGCGCCAGGACGCCCUCAAUAUCAACCGGGAGGUCGAGAACAUGCCGUUCAAGCAGUUUGCGUACCAGUUCCACCAGAUCUACCAAACGCACAGCCGUGACAUGUCGACGAAGCCAUUCAACCCCAUGCUCGACAGCUCGUGGGCCGAGCAGGGCGAUCUGGACGGGCCGGCAACGGAGAUGGUGAUGGGCCUUAAAGAAUUGAUCCAAGGCGACAGUUGUAGGCCUCCCCGAGACCCCAAUGGUCGAAUCAUUGUUACUGACGCGGUGUUUGCAGAUAUCGAGCUGGACUUUCUCACGAUGGACCCAAUUCUUCCCAGCAGCGGGGAGCAGCACCCGUUUCCUCGCGACGUCUCAGUGAACUACACCGGUCGGUUGGUGGCUAAGUUCUUGCUGUCGUUCCUGGACGAGAAGUACAUCUUUGGCGAGAACACCCUCUGA